ACCCCAAGUCAAAAGAGUACAAAAUUUCUGUACCUUGUUCUCUUUUCCAUAGAUCUGACUCUUCACCCAACAGAGCAGCAAGCAAAGGCCUUGCCUUGCCUUGCUUUUGCCUUUGCCUUUGCCUUACCUUGCUCAGUUCCAUCUCUUCUCACCUCUGUGAAGGCUAAGGGAAUAAAUUGCUGAGCCAUUUCCCCUUCUUCCCAUGGCCCGCCCCUAUUGGCUGACCACCCAUUUGCCUCUUCUUGCCUCUUGAGUCUGCUCCAUUGUAGAUUCCCCAAGGUCCCGUCCCUUUUGUAUUUGCGGGGGUUACUUUUCCAGUGGACUUGUAUCAGUGGAAAAGGAGUCAACGAGAGAGAGAACCCCAUAAAAGUUGGGGAGGAGAACUCUUCGGGUGCUCCGCAUUUCAUUGGGGAGGGGGCAACGCAAUUUUAAACCAUGGGGGCGGUGUCACAGGAGGCGAUCUGGGAGCUGAAAGCAUUAAUGGAUCGAGGUUUCUUGUAUUUUGCUCUGUGGGCAGUUGAUGAGCUGUUGAAGAGAACAUUUGAGAAUGUCCAUCAAGGGUAUCUGACUGAAACUCUGGUGCGAUUUCUAAAAGCAAGAGAGGGAAAUGUUGCCAAAGCCCAUAAAAUGUUGUUGGAUUGUCUGAAUUGGAGAAUCCAGAAUGAGAUUGAUAACAUCCUAGCGAAACCCAUAAUUCCUACCGACUUGUAUAGAUCAGUGCGUGAUUCCCAGCUGAUUGGACUAUCAGGCUACUCCAGAGAGGGCCUUCCUGUUUUCGCUGUUGGACUCGGACUUAGCACCUUUGAUAAAGCAUCUGUUCACUACUACGUGCAGUCGCACAUCCAAAUCAAUGAAUAUCGGGAUCGUGUGAUCUUGCCUGCAGCAUCAAAAAAGCACGGAAGGCCCAUCACCACCUGCUUGAAGAUUCUAGAUAUGACGGGGCUGAAGUUCUCAGCACUCAACCAAAUUAAGUUGUUGACCCUUAUAUCGACAGUUGAUGACUUGAACUACCCUGAGAAGACGAAUACAUAUUAUAUUGCAAAUGCCCCAUACAUCUUUUCUGCCUGUUGGAAGGUCGUCAAGCCCCUAUUGCAAGAGAGGACGAGAAGAAAGGUCAAGGUGUUGAGUGGCUCAGGAAGACAGGAGUUAUUAGAGAUAAUGGAUGAAGCUUCUCUCCCUCAUUUCAUUAAGCGGGAAGGCUCAGGGUCGGGAUCGUCUCGCUUCUCAGGCCAAGGAAACGAAAAUUGCUUCUCACUGGACCAUCCCUUCCACUGGGACCUCUACAACUACAUGAAGGAGCAGUCUCUGAUCCGUGAGCCCGUUGCGCCUGUCAAGCAGGGUUCAUUCCACGUAAGCGUUCCUGACCCUCGCCCAGAAGGGACCGAAAUUGCCAAGACAAUUGAGUCAGAGUUCCAGAAGAUUGAGAACUCGAACGGGCUCUCUCAAUCAAUUAACGGGAUGAAGAUCAAUGGAGGAGACUGAGACUUACAGCUUCACCCAGGCACUCCUUAAAAACGGAGUCAUCACUUCCAUUAUUGUCAUUCGAGGGGCUUUCUUGAGGGUCCCCAUUUUGACUAGUACAAUAUUAAAAUGGAUGUGCUGAAAGAGGCCUGCCUGGCUGCCUUAUGUAUCUAUACGAUUUCCGGGUACCGUAAGUCGGAGAAGUUCCUCGAUUGUAUGUAUUUUUGUAAACUGAAUGAGAUAAGCUAAGAGCUAUCUUAUCUUUGUCAGCUGACUUAGGGACUCAUCUGUUACAGAUGGUUGUAAUAUUCAUUUCUUCCCUGCAACUAAUUAAUUAAUAUUAAUUAUUCCUUCCUCUCUUAA